AUGAUGAAAUUAGUUAAUGAUCCUUGUGGCAUUUUUUGCAUAUUAUUCACAUAUUCUUCAAUCAUAUACGCUGACUACGUAGUGAUUCAAUGGGUUGUUUUGCACACUAUGCAAGACAGCUUAUGGGCUCCAUUUCAUAUUGUGCUUUUCAAUACAUUUCUUUUGCUUUUGACAGUAUCACAUUUACGAGCAAUGUUUUCUGAUCCUGGCACUGUACCUCUAUCACAUACUAAUGUUUCUCUAUCAGACUUACGGCAAGUUAAUGAACCUUUAGUGAAAAGAGAAGAUUGGACCAUGUGUACAAGGUGUGAAGCAUACCGACCACCCCGGGCUCAUCACUGUCGAAUUUGUAAGCGCUGCAUUAGACGAAUGGAUCAUCAUUGUCCAUGGAUUAAUAAUUGCGUUGGAGAAAAAAAUCAAAAGUAUUUUGUCCAAUUUCUUUUUUUUGUUUGUAUUAUUUCUGCAUACACUAUCAUGUUAGUUAUCAUGUCAUGGGUGCGCGAGUGCCGGCAGUGUAAAAUGUACGACAUGGAUACUAGACAAACACAAGUCUUACAUUCAGUAAUUUUAAUAAUGGAAAGUGCUCUCUUUGGUAUGUUUGUUAUUGCAAUUUUGUAUGAUCAAAUGGAUGCUAUUUAUAAUGAUCAGACAACUAUUGAACAAACAGUCUACAAACGUCCAAAUCCAUUACAUAGAUAUUUAUUUUCAGUUAUUUGUCGUUGGCCAAAAAUAUCUAGAUCUACAUCCAAACUUAAUAUUCGAUCUGUAUAA